AUGUGUGGUCAGCAGUGGAUGUGGGCUUUUGUGCUGCUCUGCUAUGUGCGCUUAUCAGCAGCUGACCGCCUUUGGCCAUGUCCCCAGAAGUGUAUUUGUCGACAGGACUCGCUAGCGGUCAACUGCUCUUCAAAACAGCUAACGGGUGUUCCUGAAGGCCUGCCCAUCAAUACCAAGCGGCUAUACCUCUCCGGCAACCAUCUGAAGACAUUGAGUCGGCGACAGUUCUUCGCAUUAUCUCAGCUGGAAGAGCUGGACCUUAGUGAGAACAUGAUAUCUAUGAUCGAAGUGGAGGCAUUUCAAGGUCUUAAAAAUUUACGCUACCUACGAAUAAAAAACAACCACCUAAAGAUCAUCCCAGUUGGCGUCUUCUCUGGUCUGCCGAACCUUCUGAAGCUUGACAUCAGCAAGAACGAGAUACUCGUUUUUUUGGACAACACAUUUCAGGAAAUGGAAAACCUUCAGGAAAUGAACGCUAGAGAGAAUGAUCUGGUUUUUAUCUCACAGAGAGCUUUUGUAGGCCUGCAGAGCUUACAGGAGCUGUAUGUGGACCAUAGUAACCUAACAUCCAUCCCUACUGAAGCAUUUUCACAGCUCCAAAGUCUGACCAAACUGCAUUUGCGAAGACUUACCAUUAACGUGUUGCACAACAAUGCCUUUCGUCGGCUGAACCAGCUGCGCACGCUGCAGAUAAUUCAGUGGCCCUCGCUGGAUACUUUAAACAGCAACAGCCUUAUUGGUCUAAACCUCACUACACUUGUUAUCAGCUAUUGCAAUCUGAGUGCCAUACCGUAUGCCUCCCUGCGCCAUUUGGUGUAUCUACACUACUUAGAUCUGUCGUACAAUCCGAUUACAUCCGUAAAGAGCGGCCUGUUAGGGGAAUUACUCCGGCUUCAGGAGUUCCACCUGGUGGGUGGAAAACUGCUCCGCAUCGAGUCAGGUGCUUUUAGGGGUCUGGUCUACUUUAAGUUGCUGAAUGUAACCUCAAACCGACUUACCACCCUAGAAGAGAGUGCCUUUCAUUCAGUGGGAAACCUACAGACCUUGCGAUUAGACCGGAAUCCCCUGACUUGUGACUGCAGACUUCUGUGGGUAGUGCGUCGCCGGCUUAGGCUGAAUUUCGAUAAUCGUCAGCCAUCAUGUACCGCCCCGGAUCGUGUUCGCAAGCGCGAGUUCCGAGAUUUUUCAGAGGCAGAACUCUCAAAACUGUUUGUCUGCAGGCCAGCGUAUAUCAAGAACCAAAAGCCGCAGGAAGCGAGCGUGGACGAGGGCGCAAAUGUGCAGUUCGAAUGCAAAGCAGAAGGGCAUCCUCCACCUUUUAUAACCUGGUUAUCACCCAAGCAGACUUCUUUUAACUCCAUGGGGAGAAUACGGGUGCUUGCGAACGGGAGUCUAGAGGUGCGUUACGCCCAGGUGCAGGACACCGGGACGUACCUAUGUGUCGCAGGUAACGCUGCGGGAAAAGACACAAUCAGUGCAAGUCUUCAAGUGCAACACUUCUCUCAGAACUACACAGCUUCAUAUUUGUUUGAUGAAAGAUGGGUUGAAACUUCAUUGCCUCCUUCAACAAACUCUUCACUGCAAGGGUCAAACCUUUACCCCUUUGAUGCCAAAACGCUCGUCAUUGCCACUACUAUGGGCUUCCUGUCUUUUUUGAGCUCAGUGGCCAUUUGUUUUGUGUUCAUGUUCAUCUGGAGCCAAAGUCAAGGUCAGAUUAAGCAUACAGCCACUAUUGACUUUGUGCCUCGUGCAUCUGUGAAAGGCGGUGGAGACGGUGGAGACUCUGGAAGGUUCACAAUGAAGCUAAUAUAA